CUCAACCUCUUGUCUUUCCCUUCUCUUGCAAGGGGUCUCGCUCCUCAGAACAAACCAGAGCUCCAAAAAGUGAUGGAAAGACGAAAAAGAGACCAGGUUUUCAAGCAGAAGGAAGAGGAAGCACAGAAGAAGAAAUCAGACUUGGAAAUAGAGCUGCUCAAGCGACAACAGAAACUAGAACAACUUGAACUUGAGAAGCAGAAAAUCCAGGAGGAGCAAGAAAACGCACCUGAAUUUGUCAAAGUGAAAGGCAAUUUGAGAAGAACAACCCAAGAAACAUCAGAAGCUCCAAACUCCUAGAAGAGGAACUUCUUUAAGACUUGAAGCUGCAGCCCCAGUGGCAGUGGGGGAGUGACUUCUCCAAGAUGUCUGACCCAUUUGCCCUGGAUCUGGUGAAAAACAUGGUCAAUACAAGGUCAAUUCCUGGAACCUGUGUGAAUUGAUGACUGCUUAAAAGUCAAAACUUGCCAGUAAUAAUAUGGAGAUCAGAGGAUAAACAAGCAACCAGCUUUCCUAUCCAAAAUAAGAUAGGGAAUCCAUUUGGGUUGUUGGAUUGCUUAUUUACUCCUGAUCAUGCUUAAUGAGCAUCUCAGGCUAGCAUGUCUGCAUCUUUCCUCCUUGUUCCUACUUUGUGGAGUUCUGCUAUGCAGGAAAACAAAGUGCUUUGAAACCACUUUUUAGUUACAUUCAGUGUGGAAACUUGGCUUCAGAAAUGGAGCUGCCCUUUUCCAUCUUUUGUGUAAAUAGAAAUUCCUUUAGACUUGAAGCUGGAUUUAUCACAUCUAUGACUAGCGUGUAGGGUGUACCACCAUGGCUAUGAGGGAAACUGAAAAAGAAAGUGGGAAAUGCAAUGGCCUCAGUCAGUAGGUUGCUAACAUGUAUUCUUUGUCACUUCUGCAGUUGUAGGGAAACGGACGUUUUGCCCAGCAACAUUCACAGGGUGACUAAACUCUUUCCUCCCCUCUAUCCACCCAACCUUGCUAUGCAGAAUUCUGCUUUAUCGUUGAUUCUUCUGACAAACGCUUUUGUCGCUAUGUCUGCAUUGCAGUUGACAUUUACUUUUAUGAGGGUUUCAAAAACUGCAUAGCUGGGUUUCUGAUUCUCAGCUGUAUUGCAGUUUGUGGGACAGCCUGAGAACCUCCUGGUCAAAGAAGUAGCAACCACUAAGAAUAGUUCUGCGCACCAUUUUUCAUGUCCUGUGCAGCUUUGUUAUUUUCUUUUAAAGUUAACAAACCAAGCAAGUUUGGAAUAAUGUUGUCAGACCUUUGACUGUGGAGUGGAAUACUUAAAAACUUGAGAUCCUCUUUAUUUUCAUUCUUCUCCAUGAAAUCUGGUUACAUUUCCACCUGGAGGUAAGCCCCAUUAACGUUAGAGGAACUUACUUCUGGACAGAUGGAUAUAAGAUUGCAGACUAGCUUAACUUGAUAUUUCUUUGAAUGUUCCACUAUCCAAUUCUUUGUCUGGUUUCCCUUUUCAACUAGUGAGAAUUCCAGUGAGAGACAAGGACAAAAACAAUGUAUUUCCAAGAAAAAUCUCAGGGUGGGACUUUCUUCCAACAGUCCGAAGCUGUAGUUUGCCCAGUGGCAUCUACAAUGGGGGAGUCAAAAAAGUCAAGAUGGCAGCUGUGACCAUUUGACCAAAGCCCCUCCCCUUUUUUACAUGUGACAAAAGGAGCAGAGCUUUGAUCAUGCAGUUGCAGCUGCCAUCUUGACUUUUUAAGUCAAGACUUAAAGACUUUUCACCCCCACCCAUGGACAACCCUGAAUUGGCUCCAAUGUUUUGUCCAGCGUUUCUGGCUAGAUUUGGCCAUCUUGUAAAAUUACCUCUUGAUAGUUGAUCCUUUAUAGGAGUUCAAAGAGCAAGCCAUAGUUUUCUAUAGAUGGACCACACUAUGAUUUUUUGUCACUUCAGGAAUUCCAGCUGUUUACUCUGCUGGCUAGGGUUGGUGGGAAGUUGAUGGGAUUUUAGUACAGUCCAUCUGGAGAACACAAUUGGGGAAUGGUUAGCCUGUAUGUCAUCAGUGGGACAUGAUACAUAGAUGGCAUUUUAUUUUAUUUUAUUUUAUUUUAUUUUUUUAACCUAGUGUCAGAAAACUACUGAAGUCUGGACACAUGUAUUCUGGGAACAAAGCUAACCAAACAUGGAUAGGGAGAACUUCUAGCAAGUGUGAUCAGUGUAGCCUAACCUUGAUUUUAGUUCAUUUAUGUGAGUGCUUGUCACAUGUGUGUAAUGUUUCUUGCACUUGUGCAUUUGGGUAUGCAGAUUGCUGUAAACCCUCAGAGCUAGUCUUCAGUAGGGAUCAGAAUAUGUAUAUAGAAAGUUAGCAAUACACAAUCCCAUUCAAUAGCUACUUAAAUUGGAUCAGAUCCACAGUCUCCAUUUCAUCUUCCUCUUGCAAUUACAUCCAAGCAAAAUCCUGACAGUGUUUAUACCGAUAUCAGUUGAUAUGAGUAAGUGAUGUAUUUAGUCAUUGCUGAAGGCAGUGGAAAUUAGAAAAACCACUUCAGCCCCGGUCUUGGGUCUGACAACAAGCAAUCUUUCCCUUGGUGUGAAGCUUCUCAAGGUGUCAGGAUCCAGGCACUGGAUUUUGAGAAUAAAAUCACAUUAUCAGUCCAAGCCAAUGAGAAAUAGGUUUCUCUGAGAUUUAAUUUACUUCUAAUUUAAAUCCUGACACAAGUUAUUUUAUCGCUGACUUGGAUUUAUAGGGCCAUGUCUUUUUAGAAUUGUGCAUACAAAGGCAUUGAUAGAAAAUAUGCUUCUGGAUUGCACUGCCACUUAAAGGUGAAACCGGAGAGCUUGCUUUUUGAGAAAGUGGGCCUCUUUUGCGACACAGGUAUGUGACAAUUCCACUUUUCAUUUCUUCUUCUUGGACUGGAGGCAAAUAGAUCGUACACCCGCACUGCCAUUGGAUUUGCCACUAACCUUUCCCCUUCUCUAACUAGCCCACUGCACCAAGAAUUUUGAGGUGGUGGGAACACUCAGAACACUUUGGGUUUUCCUUUUGGGAAAAGAUUUGCCUUCAAGGAUCCACUAGCUCCUGUGUGUUUCUCAAGCUGUGCCAUUUAAUUCAUCCCUUAGUCUUCUAGAGAGUUAGAUUCGCUUCUGGAUUCCAAUUCCAUAGCCAACUUCCAGCUCAGUGGGUAUCAACAAGUUCACAACACUUGGUAUCAUCAUUUCAAAUGAAUUUUGACCCCUAAGCCUUUGAAUGUAGGGAAGAACUCUUCCACCGCACUAAAACCAGAUCUGCUGAAUGCAUUAAAGGACUUAAAUCUGCUCCUGAUGUAGCUAUGAAUGAGGUCAACCAGAUUUGUGAGGUGAGGAUAGAUGUUUCCGAAAACAACUGAAAAACUUAUUUUGUAGAUACCGUACACAGUAGUCAUAGGGUUAGGGUGGGAAAUACUAAGACUAUUAUCUAGCAGAAUGUAAAUAAUACCUUUAGCCCAGUGUUACUCAACCCUGGGAACUUUAAAAUGUGUGGGACUUCAACUCCCCGAAUUCUCCAGCCAGCCAUGCUGACUGGGGAAUUCUAGGAGUUGAAGUCCACACAUCUUAAAGUUCCCAAGAUUGAGAAACACUGCUUUGGCCCAUCUAAGAACUCUGCAAGAUUUUUUUGCAUAGGAAUCCAGAAUUUUGUUUUGGGUCAGUAUAACAACAACAAUACCAGCAGUAUAACAUUAAAUCAGGUUUUGACAAAUAUUCUAACAUUGUUCAGCUCUUUUUAUUAGCCGAAAGCAGUCAAGAUUGUGAUUAUAACUUUACCAUUUUUCAGAAGUGUCAAUCUGAAUAUCUUCAGCUGAGCUAUUUUAUUUUAAAAGUGAUUGUCUCCUUUUAGAAAUGUUGUCUUUUUAAAUGAUCAAUGCUUUUAAAAGAGUUUUUAGCUGGUUAAGGUGGCAAAUUAGCAUUGCCUUCCAGUUCUUUAGGUUAGGCUAUUCUUUUAUGUCUUCACUUGUUUCUCAGUGUACAUAUAUAAAUAUUAAAAAGGGAGCCUUAAUGGGAUUUGUUUUCAUAAUUUAAUAUUUUUUGUAUUUGCUCUUGCCUACUUGUUUUUAACAAAGUGUUACAAAAAUGAGGGUGGAAUUCUUAGAACCAAAGUUACUACUUAAUAAAAAUGUAUUACAUGCUUGGAAUAUGCAAUGGUGUGAACAUGUGGCCUCAGUCUCCGUUGUGUUUAAUGUUCAGUUUCAUCACUUUAGAAUUAUAUUCUUUUGCUCUUCUAACAACAAACGAUUCCAAAGUCUUAUGCAUAAGCAAGGUGUCACUGUUAGGCAGAACAUUUUUAGCAAAAGUAGUUUAAUUGCUCUACUUCCCUCAAUAGAUGCCUGAUUUAAACAAAGCAUUUAUUUUAUCUGUGCCCUAGUCUUAAAUGAAAAGAUAAGAAUUCCCACCUAAUUUAGGCCUCCAAAAAUCUUAGAUUCAACCUAAAUCUUUAUGGGCAAUGAGCACUUCAGUAUUUAAUUAAUCCAAUCUGCACCCCGGUUUUCAGUAUAGCUUUUACUUCUGCUUUUAGGCAGAACUUACGGGGCCACCUUGCAAGUGUUAAAACUGAUAUGUUGAGCAUACUUGAAUGUCAGUCAACAGUCUGGCUCUUUAAAAAGGAGAAGUUGGGCACAAUCCAGCAAAGUUAACAAUGCUGUUGGGCUUUAGUUGGGCAAAUAAAAACACGUUGAACUUCAGAUGGAUUGCAUUUGUUUUCGUAAACCUGUUAAAUUCUAAACAAGUUACUCAGAUUGAGGCACAUUGAAUUGCUAAGCUACUGUUGCCUGGGUUCACUCACCACAAGAAACAAUUAACCAUCCUCUCUCUGAGCUACAAGGGCUGGAUUCAUGUAUUGUGCUAAGCCAGUGCUAGGUCAGCCACAUUGUGGCUUAGGGCAGCAGGUUCACUUAAUUGGUUUUGCAACUGUUUGCCAUGUCCAACCCAUGAAUGUCCUACAUUUCAAAGGUUUGCUGUUGUUGGGAAACAUGGCAAAUGCUGCUGCUAUAUUCACUUUUGAUUUAAGGCUUCCUUCUCCCAAUGUAGCACCCAUCAUCAUCUUGGUGUUUGCAAAAUCCCCGUUCCAAGUAACUGACCUGAGAGAAGACACAUUUUUAGCAAAUCAAGAUAGAAGAGGACUAGAAACCAGCUCUGAAUUUUUCACCUAAUGUAGCUAUCCUAUUGUCAACUCCAAGAGUCAACAUCCCCCAAAGGGCCCAUUUUGUAGUGUUCCCUUAGGACACAGCAUGUUCUGUGAAUUAGCCUUACAGCAGGACAACUGACUAGGAGUUGCUGCUGGUUUCACUAUUCACUAUCCCUACAGAAUAACGUUCAGGAGACAAUCUUCAUUUGAAAGCAGAGAGGAACACUGGCUUGCUCUGCAGAGAGAAUUUUAACAAAACGUGGAAAACUCUCCAAAAAAAAUUCCAGAAUUGAGGUAACACAAAUAAUGGCUAUAAGAAGGCUUUGGUACUACAUCACCAACAUGUAUGUCUUAAGCCUUUAGUUUUCAGUCUGAUCCCAUAGUAAUAUGUGUAUAGCUCUUCCUCCAAAUGAGACAGCCAUGGAGCCUGGGGGGUGGGAAGAGAAACUGUCUAUACUUCUCACUUGGAUCCUCCUAGAGUGGGCUACAUGAGUGGGUGCUGUUUUUUGUUUUACUGCUUGGCAGUUGGGUGCCUUUUUCGUGCUUUGCAAAGCCCUAUUUUCCUCUGUCUAUAAUCUUUUAAUGUGAUUUAAAGUAGGGGGACUUGGCACAGCAUGUGGCAGUAAGUGUUAAGCUUCUGAAGAGUGCCACAAGGGUGUCUCUACUCAAAAGGAGCAAAAGAAUGGAUAUUCCGGCAGUUGAUUGAAAAAUGGCUUGUCUCACCUUAUCUCAAAGUAAUUGUCCAGCAAAACCAGUUGUUGACCAGAACUUUCCUGUAGAGUGAAUGCAUCUUACUCCAUAACUUCAUUGGUUACUUAUCACUGAAUCCCUGGGGAAGGACGGAAUAAAUUUCACCACUGCCAAUCUAUGUCUGCUCAAGUUUGCCAAGCUUGGCUAGAAGAAUCAACAUGCCAUUUUGUUAUCCUAAUUCUGGAAGAGGCUGCUGAGGCCACAAGGGACCAAGAUUUUGCUCAGGGCAGGAAUCCACAGCAUCAGAGGGAGUGGGCUGACAAGGAUGUGACCUACCUCCCCCGUUCACUGAAGAUCUGAAAGGGGAUAAACAAAAAAGUCCCUGCAUUCCAAAAUGCAACUCUCUUCAGAAACGUCUGGCAAUCCACAGUCAUCUGCUCCUGACACCCAAUUCAGAUUUUCUUCGGACUCCUUCACUCAACAUGAUUAAGUAUUGGAACAGUUUAAAUCUAUUUGAGAUAAAAUUUAGGUGUACUGGCGAGAGGUCUUGGGGAGCAAUACUGAACAAGACUGCAAAUCCGUGUGAAUAUACCAUUUAAGGCUCCGGUGUAAAAACAUCAAAGCCCCAUUUAAAUAUGGUUUAAAAUAGGGAUAGCUAAUCUAAAGUAUCAGCAAAAAUUGCUGCUGUGUUCAAAUGUGUCAUAUCUGCAACCAUCAGGACUAGGAGCAUGCAUAUCUGUUAAAAAUAAUUAUCCCCUCCAAGUGUAUCUCAUCUGCAGCCACAAAGACUCAAAGCAUGAUUAUUUUUUUGUGAAUAAAAUUCACAGCAACUGAAUAUUAGGAUUUUAAAGGGCUUCAUGCAAGAGGUCUGAGGCUAGUUACACUAUGAUGAUGAUUAGGACUUCAAGAAGCCAGUUUUGCUUGCCAAUCUUGUAAAAACAUGAUGCAUGUCUAGAAAGCUAUGCUUCCAAGCUGAAUGGUUUUUCUCAUACAGGAUGUUGCAUUUAACGGUGACCUGAACAUUCAGAUGCUGAUUUAAAAUUGGGCACAAGGUUUUUGGAUGGAGAGGCCAAGUUAUUAUCUCAGGUAGUUGCAUCAAGCCUUCUUUAAGUCUCUGUGUGUGUGCGCGCGCACGUGUGUGUGUGUAAGUAAAAUGUGCAAGACAAUCAGAAACUGAAAUGGCUUGUGUUCUCAAAGUGUCGUCUUAACACUCCAGGGCUAUUUUCUGUUUCUGUUUUCAAAUGACAAGACAAAAUGGUAUUUUCAAAGGGGACAAUAUUUGCUUCUGGCAAUACUUUGUUUUCUUUUAAUACUGACAAGUUUUUGACCAUUUUUUAAAAAAAUUAGAACAGUUAAGUUCAAUGCUCCUCAAAUGUAGGUCAAUUUAUGUUGGUAUGUUACCUUGUUUUACAGAUACAAAAUAAAAUAAUUUCUUCUUCCCAAUAGCUGGUUGCUUCUCUGUUUUUGUUCUUUUUCAGAAAAACAAGUCUUGUCUUAUAUAGUUU